UGCAUACGUACAUACAUGCUCUCCGCUGUCUCUGCGAGGACGUCUUCAUAUCUCUGCAUCAAAAUGAUUUUAAAAUUGCCUAUUGAGAUCCUUGAUAAAGUGUUCGGUUACCUGAAAAAUAAAGACCAGCUAACAUUGGCACAAGUCAACCAACAGCUUGGCUGUGCAUUUGCAUACCACGCUCGAGGAAAAUACCGGCGACUUAACUUCGGACAAUUUACAACUGAAAGUGAUCUGAAAGUUAUUUUGGACCUUUGCGGAUCCACUGUUGUCCAAAUUGAAGUACCAAACAAUUUCGUGAAAAGUGAUAAUGUAAUGAAUGUAAUUUUCAAACUUAUAGCCAAGCACUGUGUUAACCUGGCAUCGGCCUGCGUUUUUAUUACGUCUUUCAAUUUCAACGCAUGCAAACAUUUGCUGGCAAUGAAAUGCCUAAAAACUAUUAAGAUAGUUUUCAACCAAUCGAAUUAUCCAGAAACGGAUAUCUUUCAGUACAUAAAUCCCGACUGUAAAGUAUUGACAGUAGAAAACAUUUCGAAACGUCAGGCUGCGAAUAUACGAAAACUGAUUAACUUGGAAGAAUUGACAGUUCGUCGGUCCAAUCCGGAUUUGCGAAAUGUUUUUCAAAUCGGUUCCAAUUUGAAUAAACUCCGGGUCCUUUGUCUUCACGAUUGUACACAUGACCCAGCAUUUCAAUUACACGAUAUUGAAUAUCAUCAGUUGGAAGAAUUAGAGUUUAAUAUAGGCAACAUUUACACAGCCUUCCCAAAGUGUCCAAAUCUCAAAUUGAUAACUAUACUUUAUACAGGGGUCGCUAGUCAUAUUUUUAACGUCAUUGCAAGUUACGGAAGCACACUGGAGCAUCUGAUAAUAAACUAUUAUGACUUUUUUCGCCCUAAAUUUACUGGAACACAAUUAAUAAAUGUACUCAGAAAGUGUGAAAGAUUGAAAUGUCUGGGUGCUUCUACUGAUCUUAUAGCGGAUCUAUUCACCGAAUCUCUGCAGUAUUUUAUUGCCUUAUUAAAGGAAAAUGGAUUUAAUAAGGAAAGUCGUUUUUUAAUAAAUGCAAGCGGACCCUAUGAUUGUAAAAAAUUUUGCGAAUGUAAGAAACAAAUUGCAAACUCCGAAGUGUGGAACCUAAUUACACUUGAUGAGAAACUUUUUUAAAUGUGUAAAAAAGUAUUGUACUUUGCACAAUUUCACAAAUGUAUAAAAUUUACCUAUUGAGAUAAUAAAAAUGGUAA